AUGGCGGGUCUCAAUGGCUCUCUCAGAUCCCAACCACCUUCCUCCUCCCAACACUCCUUCGCCACCAAACUCCUCCUCCUCCUCACCCUCCUGCCUCUCACCCUCGCCGUUUUCGCUUUCGUUCUCCAAUGGCGUGGGGGUGGCAUCGACGACCCCAUUUCUCGAUGGUCUCCAGAAGAGUCCCACAAGUUCCCGGGGAUGGACAGCUCUCCUCUCGCCACCGUCGGACACUCUUCUUCUCACUCCUCUGAUUGCACUCUUCUUGGCCACAGCUCUUCGCCUUCUUUCCCUUACUACAGGGAUUGGAAGUUCAAUUUUGAAGCGGAUCUUAAGCCUAAGUUCCAUCUUCCUGCAAUGUCAUAG